GGUGACAACCCUACGAAAUGCCUUGCAGAAUUCCCCGUGGAAAUCUGCGGCGACUCCGGCGACGUAAACGAGCGGGGCCUUCGCCGAUAGGAAGAGGCUCCGCGGGAAGAGGGCCGUGCAAACGUACCUCUGGGUCCGUCGUGGUGUUGUCCGCCGGGGGUGGCGGUGGCAGUGAAGGAGGAGGAGGUUGCAGGCGUCGUGAUUUGGAACGUCGAACGGGUGGCGGUCGGGGUGUUCCCUGUCUUGCCACCAUCAGCUCAUCUGUCGCAGGAAGCGCGGGGGGUUGCGGCCCCGUGGUGGGUCUACCCUCCUAUAAAAAGCGCCAAGGUAUAACGGCGUCCCUUUAUAACAGAAAUCGAAUACCAGGCAGUGGUUCUGUUUGGGGCCGCGGAAGUCGUGGACGUGGCAAAAGUCGCGGGGGCGGCGCGAACCUCUUUGGUUCUGGCGUCGCCCCCGCGAAUUACGCACCAGGACUGCAGGGCGUUGCGCCUGGGCUGCGGGAGGUCGUGAACAUUCUCGGCAAGAGGAAUCAAGCUGGCACCCUGUCGGGCGUAGGCCCGCCGCCGGGAACGCUGGAUAACGAUAGCACAUGCGAUGAGGAGGGGACUUCUACCAAAAGACCACCAAGGCCUCUCUACAGGAGGUUAAUCAACUACGUGAGGCAAGCCUGGACCGGCGUCAAGUUUGCUUUAGACUCAGAAUACGAAGAAGAGCAAAUACCGAGAUACAGGCCAGACUCCUUAGCGAGCCUUUGUCGAGCGACCAGAUUCACAGAGGCUGAACUGAAGAGGAUAUAUCGCGGCUUCAAGGCUGAAUGUCCUACGGGAGUCGUCAGGGAGGAUACUUUCAGAAGCAUCUAUUCACAGUUCUUUCCCCAGGGAGCCAAUACAAGCCAGUACGCCCAUUACGUUUUUAAUACUUUGGACCAGGAUCACAGUGGGCUUCUCAGUUUCGAGGAUUUUGUUACGGGCUUAAGUAUACUAUCUCGUGGCUCUAUAGACGAAAAACUUCGUUGGACCUUCUCUCUUUACGAUAUCAACGGCGACGGCUGUAUCACGAGGGAGGAGAUGACGGACAUUGUGAACGCCGUAUACGAGCUGAUGGGAAAAUUUGCUGAUCCCAACUUAGACCAUGAGGGUGUGCGCCAAAGAGUGGAUCGAAUGUUUCAGAAAAUGGAUGGUAACAGAGACGGCGUAGUGACGCUAUCCGAGUUUUUGGAGGCUUGUCGAGCAGAUCCGGAUAUCUCAACCAGCAUGGCUGCUCUAGACACUGCCUUCUGACACUCACCGCGUACGCGAUAUAUACCAUGGACCUGAAGGGAUCACUCGAUUAGGAAAUAAAUCGCUCAAUGUUGUACCUUAACUCUUUGGACCAGAGAGGAAAGAAGCUUCUCAAAGUGUGUCCCGUCGUCUUGGAGCGACUGAUGCGAUUUUUUCAGAGUUGAUUGUUUCAAGAGAUGACAUUGCGUCACUUUGCGCAUUAGCUCAACAAAAUCUACUCAGCGGAAUUUCUAGAUAUAUGCAACAAAAGAAUAUAACAAAAAAGAAUAAAAGAAGAGUAUAUAUAUAUAUAUAUAUAUAUAUAUAUAUAUAUAUAUAUAUAUAUAUAUAAAUGGAGUGUCUCAGACGAGAUUUGCGACUUAGAUGUAUUAAAAAACUACAAAAGUGUUUUGUGAUAGAAACGAAAACUAAGCGAAUAUUUGAUUGAUGUGCUGCCUCCCUCUUCCCUGAAAUAGGAUGUUUAUAGGAUUAGAUAUCAGAAUCUGCAAAUGAGAAAAUAUAAUAUGCAAAAGCAGAUUGGAAGCAAGUAACGAGCAUGUUAGAACGAUAAAAUAAUUUUUUUAUUUUGCUUGAAACUUGCUUAGGAAAUGACUAUAUCGUAUGCAAACAGCAUGAUUUGUUACGAAAAGAACGUAUGUAAUGGGCCCCAAAUAGUUGUCAAGUGUUGGCAAAGUGGUAACAAUUUCAUAAAGCUUUAGCAUUAGUGAGGAUGAAAUGAUUAACAAAUAAACAAGAGUUAGAAGUGGAUCUUUGUAUUGAAUGGAUAUUGUGUAAAGUUUAUUGUAAAGUUUAAGCGAAAGAUAAAGAAUGUAUUUUUAAAAUUUAUGCACGAUGUUACUCGCACUCUUUUAUUUUAAUUUAAAAAAAUUUUUUAAUUAAUAUUAUCUUUUAUAAAAAUUUUUUUAUAGACAAACUUCUAUAUACAAAUAUUAAAUAAUAACACUAAAUGAUACUGUUUUACUUAACUUUACAUGGAUAAACAUUAAAUAUUCUUACUAUUUUUGUUAUAAAUAUUUUUUAUUUACAUGUUUAUUAAAUGCAUCUUAAACAAAGGACAAUGAUUACAAGCUAUUGAAGGUUGUGUUUUAUGUUUGAGUUUUACACCCCUAUGCACUGAAACGAUAAAAAUAGCACGUAUUCAAUUAUAUUUUCAAACUGUAAUAUAUAGUACAUUCACAUAAAUGUGUGUGUACUUGUAAACCUCGUACAAUUUUUAAUAACAACGUGCGAGUUCCGCGUGCAUAGAACUAUAAAAUAGUUAAAUGCGAGGAUGAGCGUCAACUCACGAAUGAGACAUACAAAGUUUAUCGUGAAUCCCGCUGUACAGCUGGACAUGUCAAGCGGGAUUUGUUGUUUCUAGUGCGUAAGCGAGUAGAUGGUAAGCGAUAUCAAAAUAUUUUUGUGACAGGUAAGCGUAUUAUUGUUGUAAGAUUCUAGAUUGUAAAGACUGUGUGCUGCUAAAGAGAGAGAGAAGAGUGAAUUGGGUUAAUAGAGGAUAAAAAGUCGGAGAGAUUUUUAAAGACAAAAGAGGGAGCUUCUCUCUAUCGAUCUGGCAUUAGAAUGAUCCAUUGCCGAAUAUACGCGAAAUGUACGUUUUAUUAUAAUUAACCGACACGAGUCGUGGAGACUGGACCAAAGCUUCCGCGAUGGGCGAAGAAGAUUUACUUGAGCGAAGUAUAUUUAAUCAUUUUCCAACACUGCCUACUUCUGGAUAACUAUAAAUAAAUAAGAAGGAACGGACGAUUGAGAUGAAUAAAACGAGAAUCUCCGAUGCAUCGAGACCAGCAAGUCUGAUCAAAAUCAUCGACAUUAGAUUGGAAAGCGACAAAUGAGGCUUAUAUUUAUUUAGAUAUAUACGAGUUUCAAGUACCCUUUCGUUAUGUGUGCGUUUCUUGUAAAAUACUCGAGAUAGUGACUCGAGAACCGAUAUUUGAAUAUUUCUCCGAUUCGAGAGAAUAAUGUGAUGUGGCGACUAACUUCUUCAACAGCAAAGCUGACACAACUCCAAUUCACGCAGUGUAUCAAUAUGUCGAACGUGGAGAGAUAGUACGAAGGAUACGAAUAACAAAGUUAGUAAAGAAAUAACAGAAAUGAUAGAAAAGACAGAUCGCGCACGAGAAUUGCAAGCGUAAAGAUUUCUUCGAUUUUUAGCAGCGCCUAUCUAUAUAGAGCAUAAGACUUAUAUAUAAAUUGAGAUUAACAUCGAAUGUUGUCUCAUAUCACUCGAUCACUACCGCAUGUCUUUGAAGUUACGUAAAUAAGUGUAUAAAAGACAGAAUUGGGGUAACUGUGUUGUUUAGAUACUUUCGAAUUCAAUCGGAUAUUAGUUUUAGAUGCGAGAAGGGAAGGAAACAAAGUACUCUUACCCCACGAUGAUUAAUCGGAAAUAAGCUAAAUCGAAAUAUGUUAUGAGCUUUUUUAUGCGAUGCCAUUAGUUUUAGAAUAAUGUUAUUGUUUUUUAAGAGUUAGCGAGGCUAGACUGACGAUAACUGAAAUAAAAUUAAGUUUGCAAGGUGUAAAAAAGGAGCACGCAAAAUAGUAAUUUUUUAACAAGAAGAUGGAAUUAUAGCACUUAUUUAGAGUGUGAGUUCUCAUUACGUAAUGUCACUCUAUAUGCUGAAUAUCCGUAUUAUCUCAACUUAUACACCUGUGUAUACUUUCCCUUUAUUUGUGCUUAUAUAUUUCCUCGAUAAACAUAUAAUUCCCAGUAUAGAGAACUAUAAGUAGCUUUGAUACUUCUUGUCGCUAUCAUUAAAUCUCUAUUAUACGCUGCCAAAUUGCAUGUUACCUUCUUUCGCAAACAUCGAGUUAUCUACAGGAAACUUCAUAAAAUUUUAGUAACAUAAGUUCGAUCAUGGUUUUAUCAAUGUAAUGUGAGAAAAAUUAUCUUUAAUUGAAAUUGUCACAGAUUAUUUUACGUGAAUAAUGACAAAGCGAAAUUGAUAAACAUUUAAUAUAUAAUGUUAAUUUUUUGUAUUCUGUUAAAUCAACGAUUGCUAAUUUUUUAUUACAUUUUGUGAAUUACAUAAACAGAAGAAAGUAUUAUAAUACAGUGCUAAAUAAUUUCGAAAAAUAUUAGCUUCUCUUUAACUUCACAAUUAUUAUGCUAAAGUAUAAGCUACAAUCGUACUACUUUGUUUAGUACGAUAUCGAUAGUUUUAUAUUAUCAGACAAUAAAAAGUUUUAUUAUAACGCGAUCAGAGACAAAAAUAAUAUCGUUUAUAUUGAAAAUAUAUAAUAUAUUAGGAUAAUACUUCCUCAUUUUUCUCAGGAUGUACAUGAAAUGGCUGCCUGAAAGUAAUCCAAUUAUUCUAUUUUAAUACAUAAUUGGCAACUGCUUAAAAGUAGGAACAAGAAUUAUUUAUGCUCAAUCUAGUUACUAAAAUAUAGAAUUGUUAUUGGUUCUUAAUACAAUUCAAAAACAAAAGUCAGUAAAUAUUUUUAGGCUUUAGAUUGUUUUACUGUGCUAUCUCAUACACGAUUUACAUAAAACAUACGUACAUAUGCGUUUGCUAUUUUCGCUUAUUUAAUUAAAAAAGUGCACAUAACAUUUCUAAUAUUUUAAUUUAAAAAACAAUAUUGUUAUUAUAUUUUUUGUUAAGUUCUUUUAUGAUAACACAAGGUAUUUUAUAUCGUUUUAUGAUCAUAAAUAGGAAUUGACACACAAGUCCCUUUGUCGAUCAUCUUAAUUUCUGGCAGAGAUUUAUAUAUUUUGGAAACUAAUAUAUGUACAAAUCUAUAUUUAUCUACAUUAAUCUUGUAGUAAUCAUAUAAACUUUCAUAAAGCAUGACGAAUUGCGUCCGAUAAAUUAGACUCGAGAAAAACCUCAACACGUUUCUGAUCGCUAAAAAAUUACACGUAUAGUUCUUCGUGUAUUAUUGCUGCAUGUCUCUGAUAUAUCACGCUACGUAAAAAAAUUUAAAAAACAAGAUACAUGAACAAAGUUCAAUGUGUGUACAAAUUGACAUUUGCAUAAUAUUAAGCUAUUUCUCGCAACGUAUCUAUUACGAUUUAAAAGUUUGGCAUAACUCAUCAUUAUUACAUAAUUGGCAGACUUUUAAUUGCAUUGCUCUUAAAAUUUAUGUCAUGCGAUUUACGAGCAAAGAAUCGGAAAAAAUAAAAGAAAUAAAACAUUUUCUCGAUCGAUUCCAUCACGUGGAUACUAUCUACAUGUAGCUACCUUAGCUACAAGGCUAUAAAGCCCCACGAGUACUACUAUCUUGACUCUUUUAACGUAGAAAUACUAUACUCUAAUAGAAUUCAAGGAUCUAUCUAUCAAACUCUAUCUCUUCUCUGUAGAUAGUUGAAUCUUCACCGAGGAUACUCUCGGUGGUAUCUAUUUUAGACAUUAUAGCUGCUGGACAGAGAAAAAUUACAUGAAUUGAUCUGUGAAAGUGAUGUAGAGCGCAAACGGCGGAAGCGAGGAGCUAGCAUCCGUUGUUCGUGAAACCGAGAAUUAUAUUUAAGAAGAAUAUUAGAUAGGAAAUGAAAGAUUAUGGUCAAGUUGUAUGCGUACUAGCUGACAGAUGGUCCAAUCAUAGACUAUAUUUAUAACGGGGAAAAUAAACGAAAACUUAAAAGAAUAGCGCCUAACUGUGUUACGCGAAGCAUGAGAAACAGCGUGCGUACAGAAAGUUAUGAAUGUAUAUAAAGUAUUAAAAAUAAGGUGCCAGAGACACAUAUUACAAAAUAUAAAAUUUAAAAAUUUUAAUUAAAUUAAUAUUAAAUCAUACAGAUGUCAUUUGGAUUUUUAUGUUGUUUGAAAUAAAAAUAAGUAAAGAAUUUUCUCAAGAUAAUUACGUUUGGUACAAGCAAAAAAAGAAAUUAUCUACAAAUUCCACAAUAUUGGAUUUAUUAUCUGAGCUCUUGAAAUAAUUAAAUACUUUAAAGCAGAGUAAUUAUAGAUUAUUUGUUAUUGAUCAUAUUUUAUAAAUUAUUGAUGUAUGUUUUACAGAAUUUUCAUAUUGUUAUCUGAAGAAUGCUUAUUCUAUGAUAAAUGUAUGUAUCAUGGUAAUGUGCAAAAUGUAUCACGCAGUUUCUCAAGCAUCACGUAUUAAACACAGAACAAAGUUAAAGAGAAAUUAUUAUAUGAUGUUAAAAUAUGAAGGAUUUUAAACAGAUUAUAAAAAAAGAACACAACAGGCAAGAGAUAUUCAUAUAUUUUCAGUGUAAACCAAGUAUGUGUAUAUACUUGUGGUAAGACUACGUAUCUCAUAGCUUUAACGGCUCACCGAUGCCCAGGUGGAAGCAAUCUUCUUUGGUAGCGAUAUCGAAAUUUCGAGUUACGAUCAACGAGCGUGACUAAAGCGUCUCGUUGUAAAAAAAAUUUGCAUGGCCAAUUUAAUGUGUUCUGUUAACAAAGAUGGUAUGUUUCCACUCGAGGGAGAGCGCAUAAAGGAGUAAUCGUUUGGAUGUUGAUUGUUAAAUGUUAGCAUAGAUGGGUACGACGUUAAUAUCCUUUCAACCCGAACUACAUGUUAAGUACUUUUGUCUCUUAUCUUCGACUACAUUGCGUCGUUAUUUCAUCGGAUUUCGAUCGUCGAUACGUGUCACCAUUUGUUACGUAAAAUGUUAAGCGUAGUUCGAAAUUUAACAUAGCUCUUCUUUGUACGCGGCUUUUGAGAAAAAGAAAAGCGUGAAAGGUUUUAUUUGCAGUAACGCAGUCACUGCCGUCGCUUUUCUGCAAUGAAAAUCAAUUCUCGCUUCAAAUAUUUUCGACAUUGUGCCAGAAAAGAUGUUUCUUCGACAUACGCAAAUUGAUCGUAUUAUUGUACAGAAUUUAUUUGAAAAGAUUUAUUGUUUGUCAUCUUUUAGGAAUUUUAUGUUUAUCGGCAUCAUUUUUAUGUAAUGUUUGAGGUCUUAAUCAUUGUCUCUCAAUUAUUACAGAUGAUUUACUGUACUAUGUCUUGGAAGUAUGUAUUUUAUAAAUAAAUAGAUAACGUGUA